CUUUGUUGUGUUUGUUUUCUAUACAAAGUUGUGGAUCAUGUUUGUACGCAGUGUUUCACGAAUUUUAUCAUUUUUGCCCGAACGAAGCACCUAGUCAAGAAAAUGUUGUCGACAUGUACGAUUUGAGACUUCCAUACAGCAGUAGGGUCAUCAGAAUCUGUGGAUCUGGUUUUGUUCAGUUGCUUCAGAUGAAAUUUCUUUCUGCAAAAAAGUACAUAACUUCUGGCCAGGCCUAACACUAACUCUCAGCAGAUCCAGCAUCUUCUCUGCAGCAGCCACUGGAAUUUGGUCACAAAUCUUUUUCAAAAUUCAGACUUGGUCAAUAGCAAGGCCACAAUAUGAAGACAUGUCCGUGAUUUGUCAUACUGUCUGAAAAUUGUGGCAGAAGUUUGCAAGAAACUGCUAAGAAUAUUACCAUCAUGCCAAGCAAACUCAGGACUACUCGCUGACAGGGACAAUGUGAGGGUGUCCAGAACUGAAGUGUACAACUGUUACUGCUGCAGCCAUAUUGUGCAUGUUGGCAAAGAGACUGCAGUGCAUAACAUGGGGUGUAUUUCCAGCAAAACUGACAUCAAUGACCUUCACCCCAAUGUUUUUCAGGUGAUAAAUGUGGAUGAAGCUGGUAACAGAUUAAGCUCAGGUCAGUUGGAAAUUACAGAGAGUCACCUCAUAUUUUAUCAGCGGAAGAAGGAACCAAUAAAAUGGCCUCUUCGUAGUCUGCGCCGUUACGGCUUCGACGCAGAACUCUUCAGCUUUGAAUCGGGCCGUCGUUGUCCCACUGGUGCUGGAAUUUACGCAUUUCGUUGUCAGCGAGCAGAACAACUCUUCAAUCUCCUGCAGGCUAAAAUCCUCAUGCGCAACAAUGCCAGUGAAGAUACUGUAUCCAGAGAGUUUCCUGUUGCCUCUAACCCAGGCCCAAUUUUUCCGACACGUAUCAAUGUACCAUCAUCAGACGGAAACUACCUCGAUCCUGCUCCAGUGCGAAGGGGAAGUCGCACAGGACAGCCGACAAGUAUAAGAUUUGUGUCACAAAAUAGUGGAGUGUCUACAAGAUUGAGCAGUGUUGGAAGCAGUAGUAAUGGUCCCAUAAGCCCACAGGGCACAGCAUCUCCUUCUCCUCCCCCUGUUCCUAUACCUAUUCCUCAUCCACUUCCACCGACACCAGUAAGCAAUUCUGCAAGUGCAACAUAUGUUAAUGAAGAGUUAUUUUCUUCUGCAACAGAUAACUUUGCCAUUCCUUCAGUUCUAGAAAGUAAUAAGAAAUUAGCAGCUCGGCCUCUGUUUCUUAUAAAUGGAACAACUCCAGUAAAACUGUCACCAGCUGUAGAGUGUGACCCUAGGAUGCCCCACCUUCUUCCCAGCACAAUUUCCUCGUGCGAGAUUAGCACAACGGUCACCACAACCCCUUCUGAUGCUGUAAAACACCCUCAGAGUAAUUCAUCAGGAUCCUAUGUAAAUAUUGAUGUUAGUAAUGUACCUUCAUUAUUGGCAGGUAGUGUAACAGAAGACACAAAUUACGCACAGCUUGAUUUGUCAGAGGCUCAACAAGGACACCUGUAUAUGAAUGUUAUUCCUGGCACUGACAUUCUCAAAGCUACAGAAGCAAAUAAUGGCAGCUCGUGGAAUAAAACUACGUUCCCUAAUUGUAUUGUAUCCAUGCAACAAAGUGAAAUGGAUGUGGAUGAACCUAGACAUUGUUAUGCAAACCUUGAACCUGGCAGUAUUGAAGUUCCUUUGUCCCUUUUACCAAAAAUGCCAGUUCAGCCACUUACCCAAAUUCCAGCAGUUGAUAAAGCAUCUUCAGCUCAGAACCAUCAAUCUCACUCGAUAACACCAACACUGGGCCAGUAUCGACAAGUUAACUAUAUUGUCCUUGACCUGGAUCAGAGUAAAGAUUCUUCUGCAAGCAGUGCUUUACAGCAGCAGCAAACAUCUCCAUCUAGUUCUACUAGCCCUGCAACAGGAUCAGUAUCAACAGAAUCUCCACACCGUGGCUCGGAAGGCUAUGCCACAAUAGAUUUCAAUAAAACUGUUGCACUUUCACAUUCUGUAAAUCCUAGCAUAGACAAUGACAGUGAAAGUUCUCGUAAAACGAGGCACAAUUCAACUAUUAGCGAUUUAGUAUCAGCUCCUGCAAUAAAUAGCCCCACAGAGUAAAAGAAAUGUAUUUUCUUUUUCCAUCGAUGAUAUUUUGAGAAGAAAUUAGGAAAUUAUUCCUUUUUUCGCGGGUGUAUAAUUAGUCCAAAGAUUGACUGUACCAAAGAUAUUUUUAGACUUAAUGAGGAUUUUGAAGCAUAUUAUUGAAUGAGCCUAUUGGAAUGUGUCCAACAUGAAGUUCAUACAUCGAAUUGUUUACAUUGUACAAUAAGAAAUAUAACAUAUAUAUACAUAUAUAUUUUUUGCAUGAUAGCCCAAAGUGUAAAUAAUGCCAAAGAGAUAAUAAUGCAAUGUCUAGCCCCACUUUGGGGUAAUUUUUAACUGCAGUGCUAUAUAUACAGAUAUACACACAUACAUAUACAUAUAGUUACAUGUAAAUUUGAGAGAUAUUGUGUGCCUGAUUAUAUAUUACAUGUUGUGUGUUAUACAAAAUAAAUGUGUAUAUUAAACUAA